AUGGGAAGAUUCAGCAUAUUUUUCCCAACACUAAGGAGCCUCUCUUUGCGGCGAAUUCAGCAGUCCACGGUGGUCCCGUUGCCGGCAACAACCCAGUUCAGCCGCGACCUCACGGCGGAGCUCACCACCCUUCAGUCAGAAGUUACCAGUGGUGAACAUUUCAUGCCUCGGUUAUUUGAAGCUGCUAUCACUACCCAAAAAAUUGCCUUAAAUACACUUGCUCAUGUUUCGUAUUUAGCUGAUGUGGACCAUGGAGCAAUGGAAGAGUACCUGGAAACCAACACUGAUAUUCUUGAUGCAUGCAACUACUUUGUGGAAAGAAUGGAGGGCGUGAAGAAGAAGUACGUGGACAGAUUGAGAAAAGUUGCACGCUUUGUUGAAAGUAACGCAACAUCACGUGCUCUGGAUCAAUUGGUCCAAUUAGAGUCAUGCCAGGCCACAGAGAAAACGAGACUCAAAAUGGGGAAGCGCGGCUCUUGUUUGAGAAGAACAAAGCUGGGCCAUGAAACUGAGUUCAGUGAGAUUGUGUGUGGGUCCAAGGGAAUGGCUUUGAUGAGUUGUGGUUUUCUUGAACAUGCCUUGUCAAGUGAUUGUGGGAAAAGUGAACUUCCCAUGAUGAAAUGCCUCCCCAUGAGUUGUUCAUGGUUGAGGAUUAUGCAAGAGUUGGCAGAGGGAAGUGCUGGGAAGAAGAAAAGGGGAUGUGGGUCUCUGGUGAUGAUGGUUGAGUUGCAGCAGACAGUGGCUGCAGCUAGGGAAUUGAAAGAACUGAUAAAGGGUAAGAGGGGAAAAGAGAUGGUUGAAUCUUGUGUUGAGAGAGUGAAGAGAAGCUGCAAGGAAUUGGAAGAUGAGAUUGAUUUCAUUCAAAGGAAAGUGAAAGAUUUGUACAAAAGUUUGAUUGAUGUUAGAAUGGCUUUGCUGGGAAUACUUUCCCAGGCUUAG